UGGCAAAGAAGCAUAGAAAAAUCGUUUGUUGUUAAAAAAAAAACCGACCAAAGAAGAAGAAUAAAAUCGUAACCAGUUUUGAAGUUUGUUGUGGAAGUGAAACUAAAUAGUUGUGUGAAAUUGUGUUUUAAACCUCAUACAGUUGGAUCUACCCCCUCCAAAGACAGACAAUCACCACACCAAUCAAAAAUGGCCACAAAAGAAAGGGAGGAUGAAUAUAGUAAAAUAGCACCGACAAAGCUAAAUUAUCAGAUCGUGCCGGCAUCGGGCAACCUUAACACCUCCUCCAAUUUAUAUCAGCAAAAGCAGUGUGACAAUGGCCACGAGCACAAAACCAUUAAACGGGGUAUUUACCACCAGAUCAUUUCAACAUGUGCUGUGCUUUUAUUGUCUGCAGCUUGUGGCAUGCCCAUUGGCUAUUCAGCAGUAUUAUUACCUCAGUUAUCCGGGGUGGGUACGAAUUCCACUCCUGAAAUUGUCAUAGACAUUGAAAUGGGUUCAUGGAUAGCCAGUGUUCACAGUUUAGCCACACCAGUGGGUUCUUUUCUCUCAGGUCCUAUGGCCGAUUAUAUAGGACGACGUUCUACAUUGUUGGUCUCGGUGAUACCGGUAUUUAUAGGCUGGAGUAUUUUGGCACUGGCCCAAUCAUAUCCAAUGCUAUUAGUAGGACGUUUAUUAUGCGGCUUUGCCACCGGCAUUUUGGGAGGACCGGCUCAGGUCUAUAUUGCAGAGACAGCAGAGCCAAAUCUUCGUGGACUUUUAAUUGGAGCGCCAUUUGUCUCCUACUCUGUUGGUAUCCUCAUCGUUUAUGCUUUGGGUUCUUCAAUGCACUGGCGUGCAGUGGCUUGGUGUGGAAAUUUUUUACCCGCUUUGGCAGCCGUUGCCAUUUUCUUCAUACCAGAAAGUCCAGCGUGGCUACUCAGACAUAAUAAAUUGGAGAAGGCUCGCAAGGCCUUAACCUUUUUGCGAGGCAAUGAUAUUUUUGCCCAAAAAGAAUUGAAUAACAUGACGGAGAGAUUGGAAAAAGAGAAGGCCACCACAAAGACCAAUGAGAACAUUUUUCAGCUAUGCUGUCAGCGUGUAGCUAUAAAGCCCUUGAUAAUAGUGAUAGUCUUCUCCUUUCUGCAGAUAGCUUCGGGCACCUUUAUUGUGGUAUUCUAUGCCAUUGAUAUAAUCUCAGAAUUUGGGGCAGGCUUUGACACCAAAGAAGCCGCCAUUUGGACUGCUGUGAUAAGAACCUGUUGCACACUGAUAUUUUGCAUAAUUUUAUUGUUUGUACGUCGUCGAAUAAUACUGACAAUAUCCGGCAUUGGAUCUGGACUAAGCUGUCUUAUAUUGAGUGGCUAUAUGUAUAUGCGAGAGGGUCAACCCAAGGUGGGAACAGAUGUUAUUGUCGCCGGUACAUGUUUGAUGAUCUACAUAGCCUUCAACACAGCCCUAAUGGUUAUGCCGGGCAUCAUGAUUGGAGAACUAUUUCCGGCUAAAAUUAGAGGACGCACAGCGGGAGGCGUUUUUGCAGCCAUGAAUGUUUCUCUCUUUGCCUUGACAAAAAUGUUCCCUCUAAUUCAUAUGAGUAUUAAGAUGAAGGGUGUAUUUAUAAUGUUUGGCGUCGCCAGCAUACUGGUGUCAAUAUUCAUGUAUUUGUUUCAGCCCGAGACAAAGGGAAGAACACUGGAGCAAAUCGAAGAUUAUUUCAAUGAAAAUAAUUGGCUGUGGUUUAAGAGGGAUAAGACUUAUAAGCUGGUGCCAACGAAUGAUCAAAAGGAUGAUACUAAGGCGUAAAGUUAGUGAUAUUUUUAGCAUUCUAUGUACAUAUAAACCAUUAGAACCUCACUUAUUGCUACAUAACUUCCCCGUAAGUAAAGGGGAAAUGAAAACCAUUUAGUAAUCUAAGCACUGGACUCACAAAUGUUCAUUCCAUAUUGUUGACCAAGAUUUUUUUUUAUCAGACAGUUAAGAUGAAAGUUAGUUUGUACAUUCAGUCAAGGAACACUUAACAAGGUGAAGGGCUUUAUUUGGCUAAAUAAGCGAAUGAAAGCUGUUAUAUUACAUGGCCUAACUGGUCUGGUCCGUAAAACAAUAAUUGUGCGAAGAAGUAACUAAAAAAGCAAAGCGCCCGGCAGCUGAGUUGUAGAGCUGACAAACUAUCGAUAAUCGCAACAUUCGAUAUUUUCAAUAGUUUUAAUAAUAAAUAUCGAUAGUAUCGAU